GGGCUCUGCCCAAAAAUUUCCCCAAAAAAAAAAAUUUUAAUGAAAGUGUUGUCCCAUAUACAUGGAUAAGAUCAGCAAACAUUGAGCUUGAACCAAUCCAUCACUCCUAUGGCAUCCGCUUCCCUUUCUCUUCAUCCUUCCCUUAUCUGCACCUGCUCCAGUGCUAGAAACACACUCGUUGCCACGUCCUUCUCUUCCUUCUACACGCCGUCUCUAUCGUCCGUCGUCUUCUUCUUUAAGCGAACGAGAUGGAGCAGUCGCCAUUCUCCCAUCCGAUCCAUGGCCCCUGAUCUUCUCGGUGACUUCGGCGCCAGAGACCCCUUUCCGGCCGAACUCGAAAGCAAUUUCGGCGAAAAGGUACUGGGGAAUGAGAGCACGGAACAUCGGAUCCUUAUCCCCAAUCUCUCCGUUAUAUCCCUGGCUCAGCGGAGUUGCGAACCCGUUCCUUCUUCUCAACUCCCCUUGUCUAAGGAGGAUGCGGAGAAGCUUUUGAAGAAGGUAAGGAUAUCGCUACUGUUUCUAAAGCACACUUAAGCAUUUUCAGUGGUU